AAGCCCCGUGACCAUCUGGUGUGAGGGGACCCCAGGGGCUGAGGAGUACCAUCUGGAGAAAGGAGGAAGCCCAGCACCACGGAAAAGAGAGCAUCUACUGGAGCCCGGGGACAAGGCCAAGUUCUCCAUCUCACACAUGACAGAGCAUGAUGCAGGGAGAUAUCGCUGUCUCUACCACAGCCCUGCUGACUGGUCAGAGCGCAGUGACCCCCUGGAGCUGGUGGUGACGACAGGAUUCUACAGCAAACCCAGCCUCUCAGCCCUGCCCAGCCCUGUCCUGACCUCAGGAGGGAACGUGACCCUCCAGUGUGGCUCAAGGCAUGGAUUUCACAGGUUCAUUCUGACUAAGGAAGGAGAUGACAGGCUCUCCUGGACUCUGGACUCACAGCGACAGCCCAGUAGGCAGUUCCAGGCCCUGUUCCCUGUGGGCCCUGUGACCCCCAGCCACAGCUGGAGGUUCAGAUGCUAUGGCUGUUACAGGAACAGCCCCCAGGUUUGGUCACACCCCAGUGACCCCCUGGAGCUCCUGGUCUCAGGGACCUUCCCCAAACCCACACUCUGGGCUGAGCCAGCCCCUGUGAUCCCCCUGGGGAGGCCCCUGACUAUCUCCUGUCAGGGGAUCCCAGAGGCUGAGGAGUACCGUCUGGAUAAAGAGGGAAGCCCAGCACAAUGGAAAAGCAAGACGCCACUGAAUCCCGGGGACAAGGUGAUGUUCUCCAUCACACACAUGACAGAGCGUGAUGCUGGGAUAUUUCGCUGUUACUAUCGCAGCCCUCAUGGCUGGUCAGAGCCCAGUGACUCCCUGGAGCUGGUGGUGACAGGAUCCUACAGCCAACCCAGGCUCUCAGCCCUGCCCAGCCCUGUCGUGACCUCAGGAAGGAACGUGACCCUCCAGUGUGGCUCAGGGCAGGGAUUUGCCAGGUUCAUUCUGACUAAGGAAGGAGAUCACAGGCUCUCCUGGACCCUGGACUCACAGCCACAGCCCAGGGGGCAGUACCAGGCUGUGUUCACUGUGGGCCCCAUGACCCCCAGCGAUAAAGGGCCAUUCAGAUGCUAUGGCUGUUACCGGGAAAAGCCCCAGGUGUGGUCGCACCCCAGUGAUCCUCUGGAGCUCCUGGUCUCAGGGACCUCCCCCAAACCCACCCUCUGGGCUGAUCCAGCCCGUGUGAUCCCCCUGGGGAGGCCCCUGACCAUCUCCUGUCAGGGGACCCCAGAGGCUCAGGAGUACCGUCUGGAUAAAGAGGGAAACCCAGCACCAUGGAAAAGAGAGAAGCCACUGGAGCCCGGGGACAAGGUGAUGUUCUCCAUCCCACACAUGACGGAGCUUAGUGUUGGGAUAUUUCGCUGUUACUAUCUCAGCCCUGCAGGCUGGUCAGAGCCCAGUGACCCCCUGGAGCUGGUGGUGACAGGAUCCUACAGCAAACCCAGCCUCUCAGCCCUGCCCAGCCCUGUGGUGACCUCAGGAGGGAACGUGACCCUCCAGUGUGGCUCAGGGCAGGGAUUUGCCAGGUUCAUUCUGACUAAGGAAGGAGAUCACAGGCUCUCCUGGACCCUGGACUCACAGCCACAGCCCAGGGGGCAGUACCAGGCCCUGUUCACUGUGGGCCCCGUGACCCCCAGCGAUAAAGGGCCAUUCAGAUGCUAUGGCUGUUACAGGAACAGCCCCCAGGUGUGGUCGCACCCCAGUGACCCCCUGGAGCUCCUGGUCUCAGGAGCAGCCGACACCAUCAGCCCCUCACAGAACAACUCAGACCCCAAGAGUGCCUCCCAGGCCCAAGACUACACCGUGGAGAAUUCCAUCCGGUUGGGUGUGGCUGGAUUGGUCCUGGGGGUGCUCGGGGUGCUGCUAUUUUGGUCUCGAAACAGCCAGCAACAGACCCAGGAUGCAGCCAGGACGUGAUCACAGAGGGAACAAUGCCCUGUUCAGAGAGGGGAAGCCUUGGAAGUGAAUUUCAUAUGCCCAGAAUGUUCUGGAAGAUAACAUGGGACAUAUGCUGAGGGACCUGUCUGAGGCUCUUUAUAGAUGGAGGAGUCAUCGCUCAUGUGCAGGGACAAGGUCUGGACCAUCUGCCCUUGAACUGUGGCCCUUUCCAUCCCAACCACUGUCUCCUCGUCCUUAUAGAUUUCUCCCCUCUGGUCCUUUCCCCUUUGCCCUUUAAUAUAAUAAUUUGGGUGUUUAUAAAAUUCUUCACUAACAAGAAUUACCCCUUCAAUAUACUUUUACCAUAUCCAUUGGCUUUUUUUUUAUUUGUAAGGGAGAGCUAGUGUACAAUAAAGUCAGUUCUCAUCUGUUUCCUCCACUUGACAUGAACUAUGAAGACACACGUUUCAUGUGUAUAUUCAUGCACCCGACACUGCGUGUUCUCUCUACUUCUCUGAAAAAUAUCCACCCACUGGCCUGUAGGUGUAGCCAAUGUCCUCCUCACCUCAUUCUUCCUGAAACAACACACAUGGCCCUUCUUUUUCUAUUCCCGUACAUCUGCCAGCACUUCUGUCUGGGAGGAAACUGCCUCCUCUGCUUUAGUAUGAUGAUAAUUAAGUCCUCCCUGUAUGUCCCUGGUAGCUUCCAAGCUGCAAUGUAGGUCCUGGAGUGCUUCAGGGCAAGGGAAUCCAAGUAAAUGUGUCCACAGGCCCUUUAAGAGGAACACCUGGGACUCCAGAAACCCUCUGUCUCACUCAACCACAAUCAUCACAGGUUUUUUUAAGCAAAAGUUAUGGGGACUUCUCUUCCCCGCACUGUAACCCUGGGCUGGAGGUUCUGAUGGUGGUCUGGGACCCCUCACAACUGAGGGAGGACCUUCACAACCUAGACGCCCCCAUGCUCCAGUUUUUAACCAGCACACAUGGGUAUGGGACCAGCUCCUUUUCCUCCCCUCCUCUCUAUCAGUCUCUAUUUGGCUUCUGUAUAUACUCAGCUAUACGACUUCUGUUGGGCUACAUUUCAGGCAAUUCUGCAUGAUGAAUGUUCUGUAGUUCAGCUGUAAUUUGAUGUGGUUGUGGGAGGUUCCAAUUACCAUGCUUACUUACACAACCAUCUUGACCAGAAGUCUCUAUUCUCAUGCAUGUAAAGUUCUCAAUUCCAGUCUCUCUGUCUUGUAUUCUACAAAAUUUCCUCAAUGUUGUCUUCCAAUUUUGUUAUUGUAUCUUCAGCUGUACCUUUUCCUGGGUGAAAACAAAAUAUUUGAGAGUGUUAAAUCAAAUCAUGCUUUUAUUUUUAUUCCAUUUUACCGCUAUGUUGUUUAAGUAAUGCCUUUCCAAAAUUCUCUACACUUUUAUCAUAUAAGCCCCGGGGUUGUUCCAAUAAUUCAAUUUUCGCCUUCAUUGUUUCUGAC